AUGGUGUCACCAGUCUACAGCAUCUUUUGGGACCAAAUCAAGUCUCUAAAACCCUCUUUUGUUUCCAAGCAGCCUCACUUCAACUUCAUCACAAUCCACUACUUCUGGGUGAUAGGCCUGACCAUAUUGGCCUCGAUUUUAUUGUAUGCCUCGGGCUCAGGAGAGCUGGCCUACAUAAAUGCGCUCUUCUUCGCCGCCGGGGCCAACACUCAGGCCGGGCUGAACCCGGUCGAUGUGAACAAGCUCAACACGUUCCAGCAGGUUGUCAUCAUAAUCUGCGCCAUGGUCUCGAACCCCAUGGCAAUCAAUUCGUUUGUGGUGUUCCUACGUUUGUUCUGGUUUGAAAAGAAGUUCCAGGAUCUCGUCCGCGAGGCACGGACACGCCGGGCUACCAUGACAAAGUCAAAGUCCAAGGCCAAGACGACCACCGAGCGGCCCAUGGGCGGCGUCAACAUGAGUGACAUCAGAGUCAUGCACAAUGGCGCCAGGCAGCGAAUAACCAACGAUGGGUUUGUUCUCGACGAGCCGAACGGAACGACGGUGAGCGGCGCCAGCUCCGGUCCUAGCCCUGGGGAUAGCGGCGACGACCAGAACACGGCAGAUGAGAACACGGCAGAGGAGAAGACGCCCGGCAUCACGUUUGCCGGUACCGUCAAGAGGAGUGAUGGCGUGGAGAACUCCAUGUUGAAGGUGCCGGGAAGAAGCGACGAGGAGCAUAUUGCCAUUCUCCAGCGCCAACGGAAUACCGACAACGACGAGGUUCUCCGCAUCCCCGGGCCAAGGGAUGUCGAACUGGGCGAGCGGCCGAGGAGGGUGGAGGACGGCGCGGCCGAGGAGGACCCAGAGCCGUUGUUCACGCCUGGGUACGGUCUCAACGACGGCGAGGCACAGACACCAGCGCGUCCUAAGGGCAUCACCAUCCAGGAGCCAGCGAAGAAGCCGAGCCGAAGAGAGGAGUUCAACGACGAUGCGAUCGCAUUCCUGAACGUGUUCACGCCUUUCAAGAUCAGAAGGCCCCGAUUCAUGAAUAAUGGUGGCGACAAACUUCAUCACCAGAGCACCGGCGGAUCGAUUGCCCGCGUACGCCGAAAUACUGUUUCCACAAUACGAGAUGCCCUCAGCAGGGACAAGUACGACCUCGCCCCCUACCUAAGCUGGCAGCCCACGCUGGGACGAAACUCGGCCUUUGUGGGCGAGCUGACAGACGAACAGAGGGAGGAGCUUGGCGGCAUCGAGUACAGGUCCCUCAAGACGCUAGCUCUGAUCCUGACGUUAUAUUUCUGGGGAUUCUUCGCGUUGGCUAUCGUCAUGCUGACCCCAUGGAUCUUCCAUACUUCCUAUGGCUUGAUCGUUGACGCUGAUGGACAGAGCCGGGCUUGGUGGGGCAUCUUCACGGGCACUUCGGCUUUCACCGAUCUGGGCUUCACUCUGACACCGGACAGCAUGAAUUCGUUCAACACGGCUGUCUAUCCACUGCUCAUCAUGAGCUUUUUCAUCGUUAUUGGCAACACAGGAUUUCCGGUGAUGCUCCGCUUCAUCAUUUGGCUUUCCAGCUUGUGUACCACAAGAGGUUCUGGCCUGUGGGAGGAGCUUCGGUUCCUGCUGGACCAUCCUCGUCGCUGCUUCACGCUGCUGUUCCCCUCGGCAGCUACGUGGUGGCUCUUCUGGCUGCUCGUCAUUCUCAAUGGUAUCGACCUGCUCUUCUUUGUUAUUCUUGAUCUUGGGAGCGGCGUGGUCGCAGAUCUAUCCCCUGGUAUCAAAGUUCUCGAUGGCGCGUUUCAGGCUUUCUCGACGAGAACCGCCGGGUUCUCCUGUGUCAACCUGGCAGAGCUUCACCCCGGCGUGCAGACAUCCUACCUCAUCAUGAUGUACAUCUCCAUCUUCCCCAUCGCCAUCUCCGUCCGCCGCACGAACGUCUACGAGGAGAAAUCUCUUGGCAUUUACCACGGAAGCGGUCAUGAGGAUCACGAUGAGGCCGAGCCGGCAGGAUCCCUUAGCUACGUGGGCGCCCACUUGCGGCGCCAGCUGUCCUUUGACCUUUGCCUCGGCUACACCGGCAUCGAUGCCAGCCUGUCGUCCCAGUUCACCACCGUCGGCAAGCUGGUCAUCAUUGCGAUGCAAAUUCGUGGUCGCCACCGUGGCCUGCCUUAUGGUCUUGAUCGCGCUGUACUGCUGCCGUCCGAGUCCCGCUACCUGAAGGAGGCCGAGGAGCCGGUGCUGCCCAAGACGAGGACGCUACCGCGGCGCAACUCGGCCGUCUCGGUCGGGACGGAUGCGAGAAGCUUGAGCCGCAGGCGCAGCAGGAGCGCCGGCGGAGAGAACCGCGUCGACCGUGUCAACAGCAACCUUCUCACGUCGUUACUGCACCCCGGUCCUGCGUUGCCCCAGUCACCGAGGAGGCCCAUGAGUGGUCAUGCCACAGGGGACGAGGGCCAUGAUGACCCCGGCUUUGAGAAUUUCCGGAGUAUCCCGAGGAGGUCAGACACGUACUCGCUCUCGAGAAGGUCCGAGUAUAAUACAAGAGGGAGGGAAGAGGUCUAG